UUUUUUUUUUUUAAUUCUGACAAAAUAAAAAUGUACAAAAUUGAACAUUUCGAAGAAAAAUUUUGCGGUGCCAAUUCGAAUUCAUAUUGUUUCGCAAAUAAUAACAAUAAUUGCGAUGGAUAUUCAAUUUGGCAAUUUUGUCCUUGGAAACGAUGGCAAACUCUUAAGCAAUUAGUAAAUUUUCCUGAAAAUUUGUCGCUGUGUCGUCCCGAGUGGUUUGCAUUGAUAUUUUGGUUGAGUUUGAUUUUAAGUUUGGGUGGAAUUUAUUAUAGUGGAAAAGAAUUACUAGCAGUUUAUUAUGGAUCAUGGAAUUUGAUGAAAACUGAUGAUAAGGAUGAACAAUUGCAAAUGAUUUCUCCAGUGGUACAAAGAAAUGCAAGACUUAUUUCAGCGGCAUUGAUGGUUAAAGCUUGGAUGGGACUUUUUAUUGGAAUUAGCACAGUAACUCCAUCAGCAAUCUCAACUUGGUUAGCAAUUUAUUCGGUGACUAUUUUUGUGCAUUUAAUCCUUUGGAUUGGUGAAACUCUGUUCGUUAAAAAUAAAUUGGAUUUUAGAAGUUGCUGUAAACAUUUGAUGCCCGUUGGUACACUUUUAUUGGUUCGUUGCGUUCAUGGAGUUUUCAUAAGAGAAAUUGAAAGACGUGCAAAUAUUGAAGAACUUGAUUUAUUAACUAAAUUGGGUAAAAAUUGGUGAUCAAUAAAAUUUAAAACAAGGAUA